GGUUGUUUAUUUUUGGAUUUUAAUGAAACAGAAACAGCCACUGUUUAAAAUUAUAGAAGAAUCCAGCUUGGGUACGGUGAAUCCAGCUAAUCGGUACCCGAAACACGAAAAUCUUUUAACAUCCGGGGGGCUAAACCAUCAAAGAAGCAUUCUUUUUUGGCUUUAGCUUCAUAAGAAAUGGGGAGAGUAAUGAGGAGUUGCGUACAAUCCGUACUGAAGUUGCUGAAUUCUGUCAUGGGAAUGGUUGGGUUGGGGAUGAUAUUGUAUGCAGUUUGGCUCAUUAGGGUCUGGCAAAAGGAAAUGGGUGACUUACCAUUUGAUGAUUCUGAUCGUCUGGCUCCCUGGUUUAUUUAUACUUUCCUUGGCCUCGGGGUUACUUUAUGUGUUAUUACAUGCUUAGGUCAUGUUGCUGCAGAAACUGCAAAUGGUUGUUGCCUUUAUUUAUAUAUGUUGUUUGUCUUCUUGCUCUUUAUGCUGGAGGCUGGAGUGACUGCUGAUGUAUUUCUAAACCGUGACUGGGAAGAGGACUUUCCGGAGGAUCCAUCCGGGAGUUUUAAUCAGUUCAAAGAUUUCAUAAGGUCAAACUUUGAGAUGUGCAAAUGGAUCGGCUUGUCAAUUGUGUCUGUGCAGGGACUAUCUUUCUUACUAGCAUUGAUACUCAAAGCGCUUGGGCCGCAUCAAUAUUAUGAUAGUGAUUAUGAAUAUGCUCCUGAAAGGGUUCCACUCCUAAAUAAUGCUGUUAUCCCACCUCCUUAUGUUGUUGGUAACCCUAUUGUUGGAUCCAAAAGCGAUGCAUGGACUAUAAAGACUAAUGAAAAGGCCAACAGGUAACAGGAUUUCCCCAAAACCGGGCUGGAUACUUUGAAAGAUGGCAACUGAAGAGGCAGAAGAAGCCUAUAAUCUGAUGUCUAAGAGCUCAGAUGAAUGUCUGAAGGUUGAAAAUAGAAAAGCAUACAACUGUUGUACUCUUGGUGGAUCCGGCAGCCUGUACAUGUGUGAAUCGUUUCAGUAUUUGCAUUCAAAAACUAAUGACAGCAUCACCAUUUCAUAUAUUUAAUUUUUUUUUUUUAAUGACGAGCUCUUUUUACUAAAACUGGUCAUUUAUCUUAAAUUUGUUUAAUGAUUUAGAAGUUCUGUGAAAUGCAAAGAAGAGAUCCAUGAUUAGUUAAUUAAUCUGUGUUACUGUAA